UUCUAUUAUAGCGGUUAGUUUUGAAUUUUACCGACUUCAAUUUUAACGUAUGACAACAAAUAUUUAUUACAACUUUUUUAAUUUAUUUUACUCAUGCAACCUGUGUUUUAAAUAAUUAUGUUAAUCUUAAUAUAGCCUUUUUUCCGUGCCAUUGUCCGUGAGAUUGAUUGAAUUUAAUACUUUGCAAAAUCACAAUAGGAUUAACCUAACAACCUGCCAUGGACAUUUUAUGCUCUAUUUGUAAUGAUUCUCUUGAUACCGUCACCGAAACUCAUAGUACACCGUGUGGUCACAUCUUCCAUUAUGUUUGUUUGAUUCAGUGGAUUCGACAGUCUCGUACAUGCCCCCAGUGCAGGCAUAAAGCAACUGAGAAGACAAUUCACAGAGUUUAUUUUAAUAAAGCAAAUGUAUCAGAUGUGCAAGAUGAUAUUUCUUUGCAGUCCAAGUAUGAUAACUUAAAUUUCCAACUUAAACUUAAAGAAAUGGACUUGAAGUCACUCAAAGAGAAAUACACUAAAAUUGAAAGUCAGAAUAUGGGUCUUAAAAAUGAAGUAAAGACAUUGCAAUCUGAGUUAGCAACAUCUUCUUCUGUGUGUUUUGCUCUUAAGGACCAAAUAAGUUAUUUUAAAGCAAGAUCCAAAGAAAGAGAAAAGUUGGCAGAUGAAGUGCAACGAUUAAAAGAACAGCUUAAAGAUAUGGAGCAUGUUGAAAUUGUAUUGUCAGGAACCAAAGAUGAGGUUGAUAAUAUGUUGAGGGAAAAUAAUAACAUCCAGUCUCUUCAACUUUUAGUUGCAACUUUAAAAAGGGAAUUGGUUAAUGUUGACAAGAAAAAAAAGAAACUGUAUUCUUUGUUGAAAGAUGCAGAAGGUGUGGCAUCUCAAUCCAAAAAAGAAGUCUCGGAACUGCACAAGGAGAUUCAUAAACUUAGGCAAGAAGUACAAAAUUACAAAGAAAGUGAGACAGAAAGACAAUACUUAAAGGAAAAAUUGAGAAAGUUGGUGUGCAAAAAGAAAGAUGAAGAUAGUAAUGUAUCUAUUUCCAAUGUAGAUGAUAACAGAAGUUUGCAAAGAAUUAUUUAUGAAAGUCCUGCACCUGCAAAACAGCACGACAUGACAAUGUUACAGGAUACUAGAAAAGUACAAAUGAAAGAUUCACCUUCUAUUGAUGAGAAAGCAAAAGCAAUAAAUGAUUCAGAUUCCCCUUACUUGCCUGUAAAGUCAAACAGUUUAGGUUUUACUAAUUUUAUAAAUACAACAAAAACAAAAUCAUUAAUUUCACUGUCUCAAAAGCCCUCAGUAUUUGCUUCUCAGUCUGGUCAAAUGCAACCUGCAAAAAAGCCUCAGGGUUCAUAUGAUGGCAUGGGAGGCUACAUAAGAGAUGAUUUUCUUGCUUCAUCCCCGAAGAGAGAGGAUAAGGUAAUAGUUGGAAUGAAAAGACACCACUCAAAAUCGGCUGUGUGCUCUAAAAAGAGAAAAGUAGCACCUCUCUCAUGCUCAAAAAUUGACGAUUUCCUUAACAAAUGAUGUGAUAUAUCAAUUUUUUUUAAUUUAUGUUUUUAUUUAUACAUUUCUAAUUUUGUUACCCUAUUCAAUAAAUAAGAAUGUACAGAA